UAUAAGGUCAUGAACCACGCUUCAGCCACUAAACUCAUGGUAAAACAGGUCCAGGAAUGGGACCUUCCCUGCUUUAGAUCUGACUACUCCUCCCCCAGCAACCACUACAAAUCAGCCUUGUCCAGAAAGACAAGCGGCACCCCCAAUGUUAUUGGAGGACAAACUGGUACCAUCAGCCAGGUAGAGGAACAGAGACGUCACAAUAUAGAAGGAAAUAACAUCCAGGUGCUUUCCAAGCCAUCUGACACUGAGCCUACUCCCACUAAGAUGCCCCCUUCUUCCCUCCGCCUCCACCCUACAAUGUCAACUCCGCCCCUCCACUCAUUCCUCCACCACGGAUCCCCAUCAAUGUUCCUCCAACUGGUAAGCAUUUCUACUGUGAUGGAAACAGAUGUUGGCUCUAGUCUACACUGGAUGUUGUGCAUGGUAGAUGUUGGCAUGGUUGUUGUCUUUGAUGCCUUGAUGGCUUGAUCCUGACAUACUGAAUGUUUUGUGAAAACUCACACACACAGUUGGUGACCAAUAAUACUUUCAAGUUACUAUCGUGAGAAGAGGGAAAUUGGAAAUGUUUAAUGCCUAUGAGAAAUUACGUUGAUGCAAUAUUUAACAAUAUUGUGAUGAUUCUGGUCCAAUGCGGUAGGCAAUGUCAUGAUGUUGCCCUGUUGUAUGAGGUUUAUGACCCCCAUAAAAACCUUUCCCCCUUUUCUCUCCACUCUACAGAUUGGACUCUUGGAAAGCCCUUUGUUAACAUAGAGCGAGUAUGGUAAUAUCAAAAGGUUGGGGAAUGGUUCAAUAUUUCUGUAAUCCAACCAGUUGAAAGUGUCCGUUGGUACUUAAAGAAUAUGAUGUCAGAUCAGUUGGUGUCUGGGACAUUAUAUCUGAUGAUCGGAUGACGUACAUUGUAUCUUGAAAAGUCUACACAUUCUAAUUCACAUGGAAUUGUUGUGCAAUUGAAAUGUUUAAAUAUGAAACUAUUCAAUGUAAUUUUAGCUUCGAAAUGAGAGAAUUGUUUUCAUAAGUAAACUAUACUCACUCAGUGGCCACACCCAAGUGAACAGACAUUGGUUGGGAACUAUGAAACACGCCCUUCUCUCCCCCAAUUUCAACUACAACCUAACGAAAUUAACAUUUAGUUCCCAAUGAUGUGAGGACUGGUGUCCAUACGUUUAAAAGGGCCAAUUUCAAUGUGGAGGUGAUGAUCACCCCGCUGGAAGGAUUAAUUUCGACUAGACCAGCCAGAAUUCAGCGCGAGCUGAUUAUGGCAAAAUGGUCUGAACUUUGAACUCUUAUUCACUAAAUAAGAAGUAAUACAUCCUAGAAGUCGAGUUAUCAGCCACAGCUGUAAACGUACAUGGCCUAGGAAAGGACAGACAAUCUCCUAAUAAGAAAGACAGGGUACAACGUAUCCACCUUACAACACUACGAUCAGACAGAUUCUACAAUGGACAAGGGCGAUCUCUACUGGGCAAACCAGUCUUCCAUCUUCAACCCGUCUAUCGAAGCGCAGCUCAGUGUAAAUAUAUAUCUUGC